AUGGCCGAUGCCGGGCUCGUCCAUACCAGUCUCAUAUGGGUGACGUACGCCGUUGCGGCCGCGCUCUGUCUCGUUGCCGCCACCAUCACCACUUUUACUUGGCAAACGCCUCGGGAACGCUCAGCUAUCGUCAGCUUCGUCGCCACGCUCAGUCUGACAGCUCUCCUCGCAACAGUCCUUCUCCUGCCUGUUGAUAUUGCAUUGGUAUCAGCUACAGCUUCUUCAACGCUGGGAGCCAAAAAGGACUGGGCUACGCCCGAGCGUGUCGACCACAUUCUACUAACGCUCAAGAUAAUAUACUACUGUCUGUACACGUUUGACGCUCUCCUCUGCCUAAUAGUCAUUCCGUUCACCUACUUCUGGUAUGAGGAGUACGACGAGAUCGAGAUUGAGGAAGAGGGCCGGUCGUGGGUCAGCAGACUCUGGUCCGCAGCCAAGUACACCCUCUUCUUUGUCGCCCUAGUCGUCGUGCUCUUCCUCCUCGGUUUCUUCGUCCCGGCCGCUGGUGGUGACUCCGACAACGGGCACUGGGACCUGGACUACUACAGGAAGCUCAUCGCCCAGAAUCAUGGCGAGAAGGCUCUCGCGUUCGGGCUGGGCCUGCUCAUCACCCUGGGCACGCUGCUAUACUCUCUCUACACAGCAGCCGGGCUUGCCCUCCUGCCCAUCUCCUUUAUCAAAUCAGCCCCGUCUAUCUCUGCCCCCAAGUUUCAGGAGACGACAUCGUCGCAACUGGAGCAGAACCGCGAAAGGCAGCGCCAGAUCGAGAUGCGCAAUGCAGGUCGCCAGGGUGACUUGCCUCGCAAGGAGCGCCGGGAGCUGGAUGCUCUCGUCAGAGAGGAGCAAACGCUAGUCCGAAGGGAACGACUGGCUUCCGAGGCGCAGGGAGAGGGACACAGCAAGUUGCACCGUAGCUGGCUCAAAGUGUGCGCCGUGUUUCGGCCCAUCAAAUUGCUGGGCGGGAUUUUGUUGGUGCUGCUCUCGGUCCUCAUCUGGGUAUCGAUGCUCAUCACUGGAAUCGACAAGGCGACCAACUCGGUGUGCAAGCACAAGUGCGGGUACAUUCUGGGCAAGCUUCACGUCUUCCAGCCGCUCAACUGGAUCUUCCUGCAGUCAGCUAAGGCAUUUCCUAUCGAUUACGUCCUCAUGGCGCUGCUGGUGCUGCUCCUCUUUGGCGGGUCGAUCGCAGGCGUGGCGACGGUGGGCGUCCGUUUCCUAUGGGUCACCGUCUUCCAGAUGCGCCGUGGACGCACGGCACCGCAGGCGCUCCUCAUGGCCACGGUUAUGCUGGCCCUCAUGAUUCUGGGCAUCAACUAUGCCGUGGCCACCAUGAUGGCGCCGCAGUAUGCCAUGUACGGUACCCAGACCUUCUGCACCAACGGCCCGGCGUACCCGGGCGCGCAACCUGACUGCUCCAACAACAAAGACAUGGUCCUCCCUUGCUCCGAGGCGCUCAAGCAUCCGGCCGCCAAGGACGUGUGCACCCCGUCGGUCAUGUCGACGUUCCUCAACCGCAUCACUGUUACGUGGCCUCUGUUUGGGGUAAUUGACUUUUGGGCGCAAUUUGCCUUUUUGGGUAUAUUCUUUAUUGUUCUCGUGACGGCCGUCAUCCGCACGCCCAAACUCAAUCUAGCCGAGAUUGACGAGGAUGCUGAGACGAACGAGCAAGAAAGCCUUCUUGCGGCGACAGGACGUCGAUUCGGCGCUACGUGGCAAGACGUCCGAGGGAGCCGAGGUAGUGGCGAGAGAUCGAGCGAUGUUUAA